AUGAUUGCUAUAGCUUAUGGACAUGGUCGACCCGGUUACCACGAUAAUUCACAAGUUGUGAUUACUCAACCGCCUGCUGAGCCAUCUCUUGAAUGGACUCAAGCACCGGAAGUGACUGUGCCUCCUGUUGAGCCGUCCCCUGAAUGGACUGAAGCACCAGAAGUAACUGUACCUCCUACGGAACCUUCUGCUGAAUUGACUGAAGCACCGGAAGUGACUGAACCAUCUGUUGAAUCUUCUCCUGAAUGGACUCAGCCACCGGAAGUGACUGAACCGACUGUUGACCCGUUUCCUGAAUGGACUGAAGCACCGGAAGUGACUGUACAACCUGUUGAACCUUCUGCUGAUUAUACUCAAGCCCCAGAAGUGACUGUGCCGCCUGCUGUUUAUUCUGAAGCACCUGCUCAACCGUCUUUUGAUUGGACUCAGCCGCUUGAACCCUCGACCGUGUCUUUGCCGUCGUGUUAUUGUCCUGCACCUGAACCAGCCCCUGAAUGUCCCGCACUUGAAUGCCCUGCUCCGGAGACCCCUGCUCCAGAGUGUCCCACACAAGAUUGCCCAGUUGCUGAUUGUCCUGCUCCUGAACCAGUUCCAGAGUGCCCUGCUCCCGAUCCAGUCCCCGAAUGUCAUGCUCCCGAACCAGUCCCCGAAUGUCCUGCUCCUGAACCAGCUCCAGAGUGUCCUGCUCCUGAACCUGUUCCUGAAUGCCCUGCUCCUGAGCCAGCUCCAGAAUGUCCUUCACUUGAAUGUCCUGCUUCAAGUUGUUCCAGUGAGCCUGAACAACCAUNCCCGCUCCUGAACCUGUUCCUGAAUGCCCUGCUCCUGAGCCAGCUCCAGAAUGUCCUUCACUUGAAUGUCCUGCUUCAAGUUGUUCCAGUGAGCCUGAACAACCAUCUGCUGGUCGUCCUCAUAGUUAGACCGAACUUUAAGUUAUAA